AUGUUUAGUACCACGUGGAAAGCCAACCUAGGUGUAUCGGGUAUAUUCAGGAGGUUUAAACAUGAGUAUACACCAAGAUUUAGGGAGAUAGAGAAGGCCCAAAAGGGUAGAGUAACUGUGAGAACAGGAGGAUCAAUUAAAGGUAAUAGCUUAGAGUUUGGUAAAUUUGGCUUAAGAUUGAAAUCGCGUGGGCUCAGAAUGAGCGCAAACCAGUUAUUGGCGGCAGACAAGGUAUUGAGACGAGAACUUAGGCCAACAAAGUCGAAUUUGUUUACUAGAUUUGUAUGCGACUUGGCAGUCUGUAUAAAAGGUAACCAAACGAGAAUGGGUAAAGGUAAAGGUGCAUUUGACCAUUGGGCUUGUAGAAUACCAACGGGGAAAGUCUUGUUUGAAAUCGAUGGACCAAUACAUGACAAGGUAGCGAGAGAAGCGCUUAGAAAAGCAGCAGAUAAAUUGCCUGGUUUAUACGAAAUUAUAACACCACAGAGUAAAGUAAGGGUAAGCAUGACCCACUUGAUUGAAAAACCAGAACCAGUAGACUAUGUUGAGAAGGUGAAUUCGAAUCCAAGUAGGAAGUGGUUGAAUUUACAAAAGUUCAAAACUGAUCCUAUGUAUAAAUUAUAUAGCGGUAGGUGA